UCAGAGAGUGUUGCAAGACGUUAAGCUUUAAGUGUUGGAAAGCAAGUUGAGAUCGUUUAGCACUCACAUGCUAGCUCGCUUGCACUUAGGCGUCGCCGGCAUGCGUAAAUGUCAGAAAGUGUGUCCGUCUGACGUGAAAGUUGCGGGUUGCUUCGUCUUUCGACGCAAAGCAAAACAUAAAGAAGACCUACGAAUGACAACAAAAACCGACAAAAAAAAUAAAAUAAAAUUAGCCACUGCGUUGCCAAACAUAUGUACACACAGUGCAUAUAUACAAAAGUAGUGCAUAUACAUAUAUAAGAAAACGAAGCUAUUAGAAGACGUUUGCGUUGUUUGUCGCCGCAGCCAGUUUGUCAAAGCGCUAGUGUACUUAAUAAUCAUAUCAAUAACCCACAAUGGACUCCACGAAAAGCUAUCUUUUGGAUAAAUACCAAGGAUUAUGUAAUUAUUUGGAGCGCGACACAGUCGGCAGCGAACUGGCCAUCUAUGGCACAUCGACGCUGAUGCUGCUGGUCGCCUACAUGAAGCGCAAACCGGCCUAUUUGGUGCGCCAGUUCAAGCAGCCGUCGCACAUACCCGAACGCAUCAUCAACGAAAGGAUCAUGCACACCGGCCAGAUACGCGGCAUACAGCAGCGCGAUCAGGAUACGCUGCUGCUGAUCAAGCAUCGCCCGCUGAUACCCAUCUUUACCAGUCGCGACCGCCUGCUGCCUGUCAAGCUGCCCGGUGUGCGCGUCAAUGCCAAUGGCUACGCCUGGCUGCAGCAGUGUCUGGUUGGACGCGAGGCCACCUUUAUACCGCUGAACAAGAGCCAGUCGCAGGACUAUGUGCUGUGCCAGCUGUGCCUGGUGCAUCCGCCCAAGGGCAACAGGCUGCUGGAUGUAUCCGAGACGUUGCUCAAGCUGCGCUUUGCCAAGUUCGCACAGGAUGUGGCAGCAGCUGUUAAAAGGAAUGGCAAAUAUUACAAGCAUCUGCGUCAGGUGGAGACCAGCACGGCCACCAAGGAGGCGUGGCUGGCCUGGGCGGCGCGCUAUCCGUUCAUCUGGCAGCGUUUCAAUCAACUGCGCGCCUCGCUGCUCCCCAAACAGAAACUCUUGCCGGAGCUGGUGCGCUGAUUGCUGCAGCCCCGCCCCCUACUCAACGCCCCCCCUCUAUUCAUAUUCAUAGUUCUCUCUUGUUUAAGCGCGCUGCAAACGAAACGUUGAACGUUUUAAUUUGUUAUUUUAAUUCUAAGUUGCACGAAAAAAAAAAACAAAUCCAACGGAAAUCCCAAACUAUGCAAAAAGCAAAAGCAGAACGUGUUUUGCUGCUAAUGAAAUGAAACUGAAACGAACGAAGGAAUUUGGUUUUAGUUAUAAACAAAUGAUAUUGUUGUUAUUCAGUUCGCAUCAUAUAUAUGUUCGUGUGUGUGUGUGUAUGUAUGAACGUAUGUAUGUGCGUGCAUUUGGCUUUAUAUGCUUCUGAAUAAAAAUGAUAUAAUAAUAUA